CAUUUCUAGGCAUAGAGACAGUAUGAUUGAUCAGUCCAUUUUUGAAAAUCUUCAGUCAAAAAUUGACGAGGAGAGUCAGAUCCGCGAUGAGCUCCAAGAAAUUGUGCAAGCUCUUUCUCGCCGUGGGAGAAAUACACAAGCCAUAUUGUCAAGAGCUCAUUAUACCCCAGAGGACAAAUUGAAACCCGUCCUUGAUGAGACCUCAAAUGCAAUCAAAGAACAGAAAAAAGAUGUCACGAGACUCGUCUCCGUCGCUGCAAAACAUCCCUUCUAUAAGUUUAAUCAUAUAUGGACGCGCGAAUUGCAAAACUUAGUCUUCUCUAUCCAGUUUUGCUCUUGGCUCGGUGGCCUUGAGGAUUACCGUGAAGGGAAAACCGGUUUUUUGACGAUUGAAGAAGUUGGAAAGUUUUUAGAUGUGCCUGUGAACCUGAAGGACCAAGAUGCCUUUCAUCUGACAAUAGAAGAAUACUUACUGGCAUUGAUAAACCUCGUUGAGGAAUUGACCCGAUUGGCUGUCAAUGCGGUGACACUGGGUGAUUACUCUCGCCCUCUUAAGAUCAGUGCCUUCGUUUCUGAAAUCCAUUCCGGGUUUCAGCUUCUUAAUCUCAAGAAUGAUAUUCUCCGAAAGAGAAGCGAUGGCAUUAAGUAUAGCGUUAAGAAAGUCGAGGAUGUCGUCUACGAUCUGUCACUACGAAAUUUGAUACCAAAAUCCUCGGAGAUUUCUUGAUUUGCUAGUCAUCGAGUCGUAAUCAAACGCAAUGCUGAGCAGAACAAGACCAACAAGCUCGUUCAUGAACCAAUCUAAGGACUUUUUGUGAGGAACUAUCGAAGAAAAUGUCGAAAUGUCAUUUUGGCUAAGGAUAAAUUGUCGUAGGAACGCGAUGGAGGGGAGCUGCCUAGCCAGAAUACCAUACCUAGGGUAUAGCGAUAUCACAUGGGGGGAAAAGAUGGGAUG